AUGUUUCCCACCCUUUCACGGCGGCUAGCACUUACACGACGGCUUGCACAAGCCGUCGAGUCAGCCGCCGAAGUUCCGACGACUGCGACUGCGUCUCCCGCGGCCCCAGCACACCCAGUAUAUAGACUCCGAAAGAAGUGGCCGCCGGACUUUUCUACCAUGUCGCCGCAGCAGCAAUUCAGGUUUGAGAAGAAGUUCAAGAGGCGGAUUACAGACGCUAGGGCCACCCCAAGGUUCGACAUGGCUCUAAGGUUAUUCCAAGUCGUCAUAACAGCUGGUAUGUUUGGUUGUCCUUGUGUAGAGCUGAACCUUGAUUUAUUGACUUGCUUCUCAGUUUUCCUCACCUGGGGCACUCUUUUUCUAGAUUAUGGAACCCUGCCCCAUCCGUUUGGUCCGGUGAGAUGGAUCCUUCCUCGUUUCUCGUACCCAGUUUCUUCCUUGCUAACCCGACCCUGGGCCAAGUUCCGCGAGGCUUUCUUUGGCUUCUUCCGCUCCCUCAGCGACGACCCAAGCAAGUUAAAGACGAACAACCGUCCUUCAGCGUAG